CCGACUCAGAUUUGGCGCUCUGCUCCAUCAUGUCCUCUGCGCGGACUGUUGAUAAUCUACCACCAACUGCGAGAGCUAUUGCUCUGUUACUUUCCUCAACGCCUGGUGUUCAAGACGCUCAACCCGGUGUGCUGCAUCAGCUGCUUGAAUUUGCCAACCGAUAUACCCAACACGUUCUCACUGAUGCUCGUGUCUAUGCAGAGCAUGCAGGACGACAGGAUAAAGUCGAGUACGAUGAUGUUGUCCUUGCGGUCCAAGCGCGCGUAGGCUGGGAGUUUGGUGGACGCGUACCAAAGGAGUAUAUCAUGACAUUAGCCUCGCAGACAAAUGCUAUACCUCUUCCUGCAGUACCCGAAGUCUUUGGUGUCCGUCUGCCACAAGCAUCGGAAUGCCUCACAUCCAUCGACUUUGACCUCGUUCCUAAUAAGCCUCCACCAGGAGUGAAGUUAUAUGACGAAGAGGUGGAAGAAAUUGAAGAGUCCGAGUCGGAGGAUGAGGAUGAGGAUGAGGACAUGGAGCCUGCCGCUAUACCUUCGUACCCUGAGCAAGGCGACGCCGCGUCGUCUGUGGCCAUGUCGCAGGAGCCUUAUGUGGAGGAGGCACCGUUCCCGAUUAGCGCCAUUCAAACUGCAGCAGACAUAAGCACGCCUGCUGGGGAAAAUCCAGAGGAGGGAAGUGAGAUAGAGGACCACGAAGAGCUGUUUGCGGGCGACGAUGAAGAGGGCAGUGACGCGAUGGAGGAAGUUCAAACUGCGCUGGUAGAUGAGCCUGCUACAAAUGGCGUCAAGCGAAAAUUGGUGGAAGAAGACGAUUACGAUUAGUAGCUUGCUGUAAUUUAUUUUCUGUUGCUGUAAGAAUAUUUUGUCACAUUGACGGAA